AUGAAAAAAUCAGUGAUCGAAGAGGUCGGUGACGGAGAUUCAGAUAUGGCGGAGGAGAUAUGGAGAAUGAGCGAGACCAAAUCUGGGAGGGAAGAGGAGCUCAACGACUGA